AUGAUCCGCUCCGGCCUACCCGCGAGUGGGCAACACGACUAUCCCCCUUCCAUCACAAUACGGCCACCCUCGACGCACCUCACAACACCCUCAUCCUCGUCCAAGCCAUCCAGACCUACCCCUUCCACCUUGGCCGAGCGCAGCGACACUGUCCGCUACCGCAUCCACCCGCACACCCAGCAGCUCAGCGACCACCGCCUCCAGGUCAGCAGCUAUCCCGGUCCCUCCAGCAGCCGCGCGAGCGACGGUCAGCUCGAACCUAUCUGGUACCGCGAGCGCUCCCUCUCCGAAGACGACGAGAUCGUCGACCAGCUCGUCGACUGCCACACGUCCGACGUGGCUUGGACCGUCCAUCGACCCACCAGGGGCUGGUACCUGCACCUGCGCUCGCCCCACCUGCCCCGCGGAACCGCCAUCGCACUUCGAUCCGCCAAUGCCAGGGAUGACGACCACUCCGUCACACCGCUCGCCUUCAGCCUCAGGACCACGAUCCGAGGCGAGGCGCUCGCGCAGGCCCAGCCCAUGAUCGACCUCGAAGCGCCGGCCGGAUCCUCUUCGUCGCCUCGUAAGCUACCGCUCGUCUCGGUGCUGCCAAGACAGGCGCACGAGAUGUCCCGCGAGGGUGCAGGCAGGGCCAAGCGGAGGGACGACUAUGUCCCUACAUCUCCGCCGGAUAUCGCGGCCGAAGCUCGAGCGACGGGGCGGGCAGAGACCGCGCAUGCCGGCCACGCGAGAAAGCGCAGCGCAGCGGGGUCCGGGACGCAUUCUUACGGCUCGCGCAAGGCAUUCGCACGCAGCGAGCUCGCCACCGGUGAUCCCACCAUUGAGGAAGAUGACGAGGGCGACACGUCGACGGCCGCAAGGUCUGGCCCGUCCGAGUCGACGGAACCCGCGGUCAAUGGCAGGCACAAGGCGCCAAGGAGUCCGCAUGCCGAUCGACCUUACUCGCCUGUAGAGCCGCGUCCGUUCGGAUCGGGUAUCUGGAGCCAGCACUCGGCGAUGCCGAAGGGCAAGGCGAGGUUGCUCGAGCCGGGACCGAUGGACUGCACGUUUGUCCUGUGCGACGGUGCGAGACAGCCUUUCAUCUCCCACGCCCCGUCGUCCAUCCGCGCAGGUCACAACUCUGGCUCCGCAGCAUCGCCGUCGAUCGCUCUGGCCGGAAAGCAGGGCUGGGCGCGGUGGGCAUGGAACCUGCUUCCGCGCGACGUCCGACCCGUCCUGCCACUCGAUACGGACAAGAGCUUCAGCCUGUGGUGGAUCGACCCACCCCUUAUCGUCGACCAGCAGGGUCCCUCUGCGACAGCCGCGGAAGGAGGGGCCGCGACGACGACGACGAGGCCGAUCGAGGUGCUGAGGUUCGUCGAUGAGAGCGGCUGGUGGCUGUGGGACGCGGGGACACGCGGCGGCCUGACAGUGCAGCAGAAGGCGGUCGAGGCGAUUGGGCUGCAGCAGCAGUUCUGGAUCGCCACCGCCCUCGCCUACCUCGACUUUUUGGAGACAAAGGACGGCUACGAGGCGGCCAAGGAGGGAUAA